AUUUUCAUUAAUUAUCACUUUAAAUAGAUUUUAAUUAGGUUUUUUUACUUAAGAUUAGGAUUCAAUAGGGAGAGAGAAGGGAAUUGGUUUUAAGUGUCUCAGACUUCAGAGCCUUUGCGCAAUCUCACUUGUGUUUUGGUUCGAGAGAAUCUCUCUCGUUUUCUCGCUUGACAAAUAGUGAAUUUGAAUUCUGUUAGUGGGGAUCGUUCAAUGGAGCCCGAGAUCGCUUCUUGCUCGAGCACUCUUACGGCAAAUAAGGCAUUAACUGAAGAAGUUGAUAAUAAGAACAAAGGGAAGGCUAUACAAUUGGAUUCCCCUUCUUACGAUGAGCAAUUUGAGGGAUACGCUAGCGAUUCUUAUAACAUUGAAUCCUCUCCAGUAUCAAAUAGCUUACUAGACCCUGAUUCAUUGAUCUACGAAGACGACGAUGACUAUUCUGAUUCAUACUGCUAUGAGAUGGAGGAGGAGCAGGAUGAGCCUGAUGAGUACUCCAUGUAUCAACACCUUUUUGAUGGUAAAGACAUCCCGACCGACGUGGAGUUGUCAAUGGAUUGGUUACCAAAAGCGUCUGACAAGGAGACAGCUAAGCCAAGUGGAAGCAGCAAAGCUUCUGGUGCCGAGAAUGGGAUUCCACCAGAAGCCAGCAGCAGCAGCAGUUCCGAGAAGCCAGCCAAAGUAAGUGGAGCCGAAUCUCAACAUUCACAUAUUCCGACCCCUGUGGCUCAGCCAUGGAAGGCUUUACCGCACAACUCUAAAGGAGUCAUACCGAACUCUGCUUAUGCGUUGCCACAGAAACCCAAGAGUGCACAAUCUGUUGUUCAUUUUCUCAGCCAGCCUCAGACUCCCGAUACCGUGAUGGGGGAGGCUCCGGUCCCGGCUCCAGCUCCAGCUCCAGCUCCAGCUCAAGGUCCUUUCGGUGUAAUGCUUCCGGGACAUAAAAAUCCAUUCGGUUGGAAAAGUCCUCGGCCUACGGUGGCAGAGGUUAUUGCAGCUAAGGAUACUUCCAGAUGUAAGAGGAAUAUGGAGGAUUAUCUUGGCAAGUAUUUGUUUUUCAAAAGAUUUGACAGUGUCGAAGAUUGUGAUGAUCACCAGUAUGCUGCUAGGGGAACGACUUCGAAACAGCACUCAAAGGAGUGGGCGAGAAGGAUCCAAGAAGAGUGGAGAAUUCUUGAGAAUGAUUUGCCAGAGAUGAUAUUUGUCAGAGCGUAUGAAUCUAGGAUGGAUCUUAUGAGGGCUGUAAUUAUUGGAGCCGAAGGAACUCCCUACCAUGACGGUCUCUUCUUUUUCGAUAUUUUCUUCCCGGAUGAAUACCCUUCUGUGCCACCGUAUUUUGAAAACUUUUCGUAUGGGCAUUUCUUCAGCUGUGCUCACGACGUGUUGAAGGCAUGUAAUGCUUAUAGAAACGGAGCUCCAGUGGGAUCUUUGGUGAAGGGAGUUGUUAACGAUGUGGACGACAAGAGCGAGAAGGCAAGCUCUAUAAAGUUUAGGGCAGAUGUGGCUACCUUUGUAGAGACGGUUCUGUUGAAGGAGUUUAUUCUCCUAGGCGUCCUUGGUCUGGAGCCGGAAGAAGAAGACAACCCUUCAGAGACUGACGUUGCAGAGAGCAGCAACAGUAAGAGACCGAGAUCCGAGAGAGACGGAGUUUCUUCAAGUUGAGCUCCAUGCUUCUUUUUUUUCCCCAGUUUUCUUGUUUAUUUCUCUCUCAAGAACCACAACAGAGGACUUAGUUUUAUCCCUUUCUAAUCAUUAUGGAUCCUCUGCUUUUCUUUAUUUCUAAUAUAUGACUAUUGAGAGCUAAGAGAAGUCUCUCCCAUAUGUACAGUUGCUUUUAUCCGAUUAUUAUCAUACUGAAGCUCAGUUUUUCACA